CGUCGACCGUUGAGAAUAAUUCUCCGAUUAUCACAAGCGAAAUAAUCGUCUCUACAUCCACAUUCAAGUCAGAAACAAACAAGCAACCAGCGAUUUAUAUUGAAAAUAUGCCUCUCAUGUGGACUAAGCACUGGGGUGGGAAGCGUGCUGGCGGCGGCAUCGUCGCUGACAGACAUGGUGUGCGUCGCGCCCCGUUCCGGAUCUCGUUUGGGCGGUUCAGCUGUUUCCGCUAGAUGACAGCGACAGCGACAGCGACAACGAUGAGUUUUGACGAUGUUAUGACCUGUACUAGUAUUUUCGAGUCUUUCUACACAUACAAUCCCUUCAUCAGCGAUCGAGCGGGCGAUGAUCGAGACGAGACUGUCCUUCCUAUUUAUUUUACAACCGGUGGAUUAUUAUACAAAGGCUUUUACACAAUUUCAGUAGUCUUUGCCCAAGAUAUAGUGUAGUACACAAAUGUCGCCCCCAGCCUAAAAUCAAAUCCACCAAAUUAAGCUUCUAAUCUAGAACCACGAGGAAUGGAUAAGUGCUGAACCCUUUUCUCCAAGACAAAUAUCCUCAUUCAGCAAUACGAGCAAAAAGACCAUGGAGCCAAAGAAUACGGA